AUGCCACCGCAGCCAAUAGAACAUAAAUUCAAAAUUCUCAUGGCUGCAAUGUCACAGUUCUCAAGUAACGAAAAGGAACUUUUCCCAGUUCCCAACUACACCGUUCUCGCAGAACAACUCGGAUUGCCUAGCUAUGCUUCUGCGCAAGGAGGAGCGAAGGGAGAUCUAAAGAUUCGGGAUCCAGAAGCAGACAAAAAGAAGAAGGAUAGUGCUGCCCAGCAAUACGAAGAAAAGUCUCCGGUCAAAAAACGAGCAGCCGAGGAAUCGGACAAGAUGGCAAACGAGCCUGAGUCCUCCCCUAUCAAACGAUCGAAAUUCAAUGUAGGCAAACGCGCCGGCAGAAAAUGA